GAAAACAGAGUUAAAAGUUGAGAAACAAAAUGACCAACUUAUUCUUCCUCCAAUUCCUCUUAUUAGCCACUGCUUCCACCUUAAUUCACAUCUCAUGCCAAACAGUUCCACCACCACCGCCGACAUCCGCCGCAACUCCACCGUCCCGCGCGGCGCAAGAAUUCUUGGAUGUACAUAACAAGGCAAGAAGUGAAGUGGGUGUAGGCCCAUUGACAUGGAGUCCAAUGUUAGCAAAAGAAACUAGUCUUCUCGUUCGUUACCAAAGGGACAAACAAAAUUGCAGCUUUGCAAAUUUAAGUAAUGGGAAAUAUGGUGGCAAUCAAUUAUGGGCUAGUGGUACAGUGGUGACCCCACGAAUGGCGGUCGAUUCUUGGGUUGCUGAGAAGAAAUUUUAUAGCUAUGAAAAUAAUUCAUGUACAGGGGAUGAUAAGUGUGGAGUUUAUACACAAGUUAUUUGGAAGAAAUCAAUUGAAUUGGGUUGUGCACAAGCUACUUGUUCCAAAGGAGCUGCUACUCUUACUGUGUGUUUUUAUAAUCCACCUGGAAAUGUAAUUGGAGAGAAACCUUAUUGAUCUGUGAUUUGUAAGGUAAAUUCAAGUUUGUAGCUUAUAAUAAGAAGGUAACUUUCUUCAUUUGCUGCUA